GGGGACUCGCGUGUUUGCGAAUGGGACUGCAGCUCGUGUGAAGAGUGUUUGUGUGUGCGUGAGUGUGAGACAGAGACAGAGAGGGACACGGGGAGUCGGGUAGGUCGAGUUGGUGGAAUUGUACUACAUCUCUGGCUGAGAAGAGCCAAGGUUGUGCGGCUAAAUCCGCAUUUUCUCCUCGCUUCCAUUGGGACCGAAGCGCCUCACCUCCCUCCCGCUCAGUCGGAGUGACCCGCAUGAGAAGCAUUUGUGACGGCGGCUGCGUGAAGACCGAAUACGGGGGCCAAGCUGGACCUCCGCUGCGGUCUUACAGUCACUGUAAUAACGAGGAUGUCCAAAUGAAAACAGGUGGCGUAUGGAAGGUCUAGGUGAUAAAUAGGGCUGACAUGCAGACUAUUUCUACAGACGACGGCUCAAAAACAGGCACACCUCUGAUGCCUCCGGCCAAUCCGAGCUCAUGGUGUAUGCUUCUCUGGAUACACUAGUGGCCUGGCCAAAGAGCGCAGUGUUGCUACACACAAAAAAGCCUGCACAGGAUGUCGUGGGCCAGAGACCUCUUAAGGAGCAAAACGGAUGAGCGAAAGACUGCAUGGGGAGAGCGCAAUGGCAAAAAGAGAAAGGACAGCUCGUCACUGUGCAACCCACACUACAUGAGCUGCCUGAGGGACCCUGAGGAACUAGAGCCCCCUAAUGCAGCCUCUAAACAUUACAACUGCAGAGCAGGCACCAGCGGGGGUAACUUCGGUGCGCGCUGUGGCUGGCAGGAGGAUCACUAUAGGAAGAGGAUUGGUGGCGGAGGGGAUCUGGGUCUUAAAGCUGUGGACCUGGGCUUUGAGGAUGGUGAGCUGAAAGGGAGGAAAGAUGAGGAAUCAUUGGAAUUAGCAGAAGGGGGCUGCAAAGGGAUGUCUGCGGUGGACUGCUGGAAGCGGUUUAUUUGGAUUUUUCAAUCCAAGAAAUUUCAAUCUGCCAAGCUGGAGCGUCUGUACCAGCGCUACUUCUUCAGGCUCAACCAGAGCUCCCUGACCAUGCUGAUGGGGGUGCUGGUGGUGGUGUGUGGAGUCAUCCUGACUAUUCACUGCUUCGACAGAACCCCACACCUUACCCCCAGUAAGGCCUACAUCUCAGUACUCUCUGUCGCCAUGGCUCUUUUUCUGGCCAUGAUGGUGGUGUGCAACCGAAACGGCUUCCACCAAGACUACAUGUGGAUUGUUAGCUACCUGGUAAUCGUGGUGCUGAUCGUGGUGCAGGUGCUGGGGGCGCUGAUGGUGUACCCACCUAGUGCCUCUGAGGGCAUCUGGUGGACUGUCUUCUUCAUCUAUAUUAUCUACACGCUGCUGCCGGUCAGGAUGAGAGCAGCCGUCUGUGGAGCCGUGCUGUCUAUCAUACACGUAGUGACCGCCUGGCAGCUCAACAAGGAGUACCAGUUUGUUUUCCAACAGAUCAGUGCCAACGUGCUGAUUUUCCUGUGCACCAAUAUGAUCGGGAUCUGUACGCACUACCCUGCUGAGGUUUCCCAGAGACAAGCCUUCCAGGAGACGAGAGGAUAUAUCCAGGCCAGACUGCACCUGCAGAGGGAAAACCAGCAGCAGGAGCGCCUGCUGCUGUCAGUGCUGCCCAGGCACGUUGCCAUGGAAAUGAAGGCUGAUAUCAAUGCCAAGAAGGAAGAUAUGAUGUUCCACAAGAUCUACAUCCAAAAACACGACAAUGUUAGCAUACUCUUUGCAGACAUCGAGGGCUUCACCAGCCUUGCGUCUCAGUGCACGGCGCAGGAGCUGGUCAUGACGCUGAACGAGCUGUUCGCCCGCUUCGACAAGCUGGCCUCGGAGAACCACUGCCUUCGUAUAAAAAUCCUUGGGGACUGUUACUACUGUGUGUCAGGGCUGCCUGAGCCACGGGCUGAUCACGCCCACUGCUGUGUGGAGAUGGGAGUAGACAUGAUUGAGGCCAUCUCGCUGGUGAGAGAGGUGACAGGCGUGAAUGUGAACAUGAGGGUGGGCAUCCACAGUGGGCGAGUUCACUGCGGGGUGCUUGGCCUUCGCAAGUGGCAGUUUGAUGUGUGGUCCAAUGAUGUGACGCUUGCCAACCAAAUGGAGGCCGGAGGGAAGGCUGGGCGUAUCCACAUCACAAAGGCCACACUGCAGUAUCUGAACGAAGACUACGAGGUGGAGUCGGGGUUUGGAGGAGAGAGGAAUGCAUACCUUAAGGAGAACAACAUUGAAACCUUCUUGGUGCUGGGCUGCAGCCAGAAGAGGAAAGAGGAGAAAGCCAUGUUGGCCAAGAUGCAGCGAGCACGUGCAAAUUCUGCCGAGGGAUUGAUGCCACGCUGGGUGCCUGACAGAUCCUUCUCCAGAACCAAGGAAUCCAAAGUCUUCAGGCAGAUGGGCAUCGAUGAAGCAUCCAGCAAAGACAACCGCUGUGCUCAGGAGGCCCUGAACCCCGAGGAUGAGGUGGAUGAGUUUCUUGGACGGGCCAUCGAUGCGCGUAGCAUCAACCAGCUGAGGAAGGACCAUGUCAAGAAAUUCCUACUCACAUUUCAGACACCCGACCUCGAGAAAAAGUACUCCAAAAAGAUCGAUGAUCGUUUUGGAGGAUACGUGGCCUGUAUACUCCUUGUUUUCUGCUGCAUCUGUUUCAUCCAGAUUAUCAUUUUCCCAAAGACAAAAGUUAUGCUCGGCCUUUACAUCACCAUCUUCAUCAUCCUUGCCAAUAUUCUCUUCAUCAGUGCCAUCUACUCCUGCAUCAAACUCUUCCCAAAUGCCUUGCAGACUCUUACCAAGAAGAUUGUCCAGUCUCGUGCACACAGCACUUUGGUGGGUGUCCUCACCAUCCUCCUCCUCUUCAUUUCCUCCUUUGCAAACAUGUUUACCUGCUACAGAGAGAAUCUGAAUGCGUGUUUGGAGCUGAACACACCAAUGAAUAACUGUUUGCUGUACAACCUGACCAAGACAGCAAAGGACGGUUUGAUCGUGUGUCCCAACCAGGAGGACACGACCUGCCAUUUCCCCGAGUAUUUCAGCUACAGCGUACUGCUGACCCUGCUGGCCUGCUCUGUGUUCCUCCACAUCAGCAGCAUUGGGAAACUGGCAUUAAUGCUGUUCAUCCAGCUCACUUUUCUUCUUCUGGUGGAGUGGCCUCAGGUUGUCCUGUUUGACAAUGCAGACCUGCUGGUUCGUGCCCUGAACACCCUGCAAGUCUCUAAUAUUUCCCAACAACAGCCUCGUUCCAAUGAAACUGCUGAACAGUGCCUGGAGACCGUGACCAAGGUGCCCCUUAAGGUCUUGACCCCGAUAAUUCUCACAGUGUUUGUUCUGGCUCUCUAUUUGCACGGCCAGCAGGUGGAGUCCACUGCACGCCUUGACUUCCUCUGGAAGCUGCAGGCCACAGAGGAGAAGGAGGAGAUGGAAGAGCUGCAGGCCUACAAUCGCCGCCUGCUUCACAACAUCCUGCCCAAGGAUGUAGCCGCCCACUUUCUAGCACGGGAGCGUCGGAAUGACGAGUUGUACUACCAGUCAUGUGAGUGUGUCGCUGUCAUGUUUGCCUCCAUCAGCAACUUUUCAGAGUUUUACGUUGAGCUGGAGGCUAACAACGAGGGGGUGGAGUGCCUCAGACUGCUCAAUGAGAUCAUCGCCGAUUUUGACGAGAUCAUCAGCGAAGAACGGUUCCGUCAGCUGGAGAAAAUCAAGACCAUUGGCUCCACCUACAUGGCAGCCUCUGGCCUCAAUGACUCCACCUACGACAGAGAGGGUCGCUCACACAUCUUAGCUCUGGCCGAUUACGCCAUGAGACUCAGGGAGCAGAUGAAAUACAUCAAUGAACACUCCUUCAACAACUUCCAGAUGAAGAUAGGGUUAAACAUGGGGCCGGUUGUAGCAGGGGUGAUUGGAGCCAGGAAACCCCAGUAUGAUAUCUGGGGGAACACAGUGAAUGUGGCCAGUCGGAUGGACAGCACAGGAGUACCAGACUGCAUCCAGGUGACCACAGACUUAUACCACGUGCUGGUCAACAAUGGAUACCAGCUCGACUGUCGAGGUGUUGUCAAGGUGAAGGGGAAGGGGGAGAUGACCACUUACUUCCUCACCAGCGGCCCCCCGGGCAGUUAACACCCAGAGGUCGACCGCAGUGCGACUCCCAUUGUACUGACAAGACAGAGACUGCAUAGACACUGAGUGGUCAGCCCGACUUUGAGCGCCGCAGCACAGUAAAGUGGGAGAGGAGGAGACAGGCCAGCCAACACGAGCUGGGCCCAUGUGUAUGAUGUCACAUGUAACGUUGUGAAGGCUUUUUCCCAAGCUGCUCAAGAGAUCAUGAAGCCCAGUUGCCUUAGAACAGAAGUGGCUAUGCUUGUGUUUAUGAGCAAUAGUACAAGUAUUUCCUCUGGAGUCUUUAUUUAUUUUUGUGCAGAUGGAUUUUUGCUAUGACCUUGUACAAAAAAAAUCUAUAUAUCAGCAAAACGCGUUACUUAUAAGAAAAUAUGCAAGGACAACAUGAGAGAAAAUGACCAAAGAACAAAUGUUUGAUAUGAUACAAACACCAGUGAUUCUGUUCAAAGUACAGUGUCCUUAAGUAAUUUAUUCAUCUUUUACAAUAAAGGCCACGGCAAUAUCACUGUCGGUGAUAGUUAUGAACACUUUUUAUUUUUGUGAACUUAUGAAGGAGAACACAGGCACAUGCACACAUACGCAGGUAGAAAACCCUCAAAUAACCUUGGCUUGGAGUGUCUUGUUUCUUAUCAGGGCCUUUUUUUUUGUUUCUUCCAGCCUGUGAUUAGACACAUGCCAGGCGUGAGGUUGUUUGUGGUUCACUGAAAUGUACGAGUGAUCACCUGCUCCCUAUAAUGUUGUUUUUGGUUCCAGCCAUAAACAAGAAGUAUGAAAUGAAGGAAGGUAUGUUGCAUUAGAAUCACGGUACUGAAGAGAGAUUGUUUAACUGUUAUGACAUGUUUUCUAAAUGUGUGUGCUAGUAGACUGUUUGUAUGGGUGUUUGGGUGUGUGUUUCUGAUUGUGUGUGUGUGUGGGUGUGUACACACGUAGCCAGAUGCUGAUCUGUAUCUGUAAGGAUACCCCCUCAUAGAUAAAUAUUAGCAUCUGGUUACGUGAACUGUAACUUUUCACUGUGAGGUUUUUAUGAUACUGUACGACAAUGCUUUCUUGCCAAACCGGUUGCUGCAAAGCAUGUUUUAUAUUAUUUCUUCAGAGUUGUGUGACCAUUCCUGAUUUCUUGUGUCAAAAUGAAGAGAAUUAUAUCUACAGCGCCUUUGAUGGACUGUAAUUUUGAAAAAAAUUCAUUCCAACCUAAAGAUGCGUUAGCCUUUGAAAUGAAUAUUUUGGAUUAUGUUACAACGUGUGGACGUAAACUGGUUUCUGGUAGUAGGAUUCUCCUUCAGCUCACACAUAUUGCCUUGAGAUUAUGCAGUUCUAAGGUCCCCAUACUUUCUGGACCAAUAUUCACAUCUUUACACAACAGUAUUUGAUCCUUUAUGGUUGUGUGUGGCACAUGGAGGUUUGUAACUCCCAAAGUAAGAGUUCAAAACAAUAACCACAUGAAUGUAACAAUAUAUACUUUUGUCCACAAUGAAGCUACUACUGAAGAAACCCAUUCUAUAAAUUGCCUUUGGUACUGAAUACAGAGUUUUAUUGUUUUACUUGUGGCCAAAUUGAUUGGACAUCAUAUUUGAUGAAAAGUGAAGGUGUUUUUAUAACGAGAUUGGUUUUACACCGGGUGUUGAUCUGCUAACUUUUCUGUAUGAGGCUAAAAUGCAGCCUCUCUGGGCUGUAGAAAAACAAUGCUCACUUUUACUUAUCCCUUUCCUUCCUUAAUUAAAGUGAAGGUUCAACUUAACACUGUUGCAUUUUACUUUAAAAUGUCGUAGUAAGCGCAAUUGUUGAUUCAUUCCCCUUUUGAUCAGAAAUUAAUAAAUGGCCAUUUUGCACUGA